AUGUGCCCAACGAUAGGCCUCCAGUCAGAGCUCUCGGGCAAGCUUCUGGUAAUAUCCAUCUAUAUUACCAUUUAUCUAUCUAUCUAUCUAUCUAUCUAUCUAUCUAUCUAUCUAUCUAUCUAUCUACAUUACCAUGUAUAUUACUAUCUAACUAUCUACAUUACCAUCUAUAUUACCAUCUAUCUAACUACAUUACCAUCUGUAUUACUAUCUAUCUAUGUACAUUACCAUCUAUAUUACCAUCUAUUUAACUAUCUACAUCGCUUCUAUAUUACCAUCUAUCAAUCUAUAUUACCAUCUAUAUUCCCAUCUAUCUAUCUACAUUACCAUCUAUAUUACCAUCUAUUUAACUAUCUACAUUACCAUCUGUAUUACUAUCUAUCUCUCUACAUUACCAUCUAUAUUACCAUCUAUUUAACUAUCUACAUCGCUUCUAUAUUACCAUCUAUCAAUCUAUAUUACCAUCGAUAUCCCCAUCUAUCUAACUAUCUACAUUACCAUCUAUAUUACCAUCUAUCUCUCUACAUUACCAUCUAUAUUACCAUCUAUCUAUCUACCUACAUUGUCCUCUAUAUUACCAUCUAUCAAUCUAUAUUACCAUCUAUAUUCCCAUCUAUCUAUCUACAUUACCAUCUAUAUUACCAUCUAUCUAACUAUCUACAUUACCAUCUAUAUUACCAUCUAUCUCUCUACAUUACCAUCUAUAUUACCAUAUAUCUAUCUACAUUGCCCUCUAUAUUACCAUCUAUCAAUCUAUAUUACCAUCUAUAUUCCCAUCUAUCUAACUAUCUACAUUACCAUCUAUAUUACCAUCUAUCUACAUUACCAUCUAUAUUACCAUAUAUCUAUCUACAUUACCAUCUAUCUACAUUACCAUCUAUAUUACUAUCUAUCUACAUUACCAUCUAUAUUACCAUCUAUCUAUCUACAUUGCCUUCUAUAUUACCAUCUAUCUGUCUAUAUUACCAUCUAUAUUCCCGUCUAUCUAACUAUCUACAUUAUCAUCUAUAUUACCAUAUUAUCAUCUGA